AUGGACACUCACAAUGUCGACACAGGGUUUAAAUUUGGCUACUUGUCGGAACUUGAGAAAAUGCUUUUGGAAAAGCUCCCAAAUUGCUGUAUGAAGGCGAGACCUCACAUUGAAUCUCGACUGAAGACACUGAAAACGGAAUGGGCUAUUAUGUAUGAUAUGAUGCUAAAUACUUCAGGCUUUGGAUGGGAUUCAACACGAAAGAUGGUAACAACAGAAGACGAUGUUUGGGAGGCUUAUGUUACUGAUGCUCAAGCUGUUGAAGAUAUUCUCAAAGAGCUAGAGGUUGAAAAUUUGACUGGAGCAGCCGAAGAAGUUGAUGUGAAUCCUUCAAAUCAAAAUGAAUCUGCUAAUGCUAAUACCUCCACAUUAAGAGACGUUGAUCGUGCUCAUCUGCUACCUACAGAGGACCCGGGAAGUGCUUCUUUGGGAAGAAAGGGGAAAAAGAAUGAAGGUGACUUCUCAACAAUUUCUCAGGCUGUGAAUACUAUGGCAGCCGACAUGAAAGAUGCUUGCUUGAUGCUCUUAAAUAUUGUUCACUCUGACAUCGUUCAAGAGAAGUUCCUUGAACUUUCGAGAGCUCUUCAUGGUGUUGAUGGUCUUACUUCAGUAGAAUGUGCAUGGCUAUUCGAAAGUUCGGAAACCAUCUGA